CACUGUCACACUAAAACUUUCAAUUUCUUAUUGUCUAACAAGUUUCAUCCCUCUCUCCUCUCCCUCCUCACCCCUUAUCCCCCCACUCUGUCUCCCUUCCCCCCAGAAGUGAGCGAGGCUACAGCCACCUUGGGACCCGGCACCAUGGGCCUGAGCACCCGCUACAGCCCCCAGUUCACCCUGCAGCACGUGCCAGACUACCGACAGAACGUGUACAUCCCCGGCAGCACAGCCACCCUCACCUCCAACCCCCAGCAGCAGCAGGCCACGGCCCAGCAGGCCUCCCAGCAGGCGCUGCCCCCGCCUCAGGCCUCGGUCCAGCCCGAGCCCCCCAAGGCUGCCCAGACCCCUGCCUCCAAGAAGAAGUCCACCAAGAAGGAGAAGAAGUAGAGUUGGACGGCUUGAGGUGGAGGAAUGACAGCCCCGACCUGAUCUGAUGAGAAAUUCAACCCCCUAUACCCUACCCAUAAGGUAUCUCACUGCUCUGGUGUCACUCACGUUAACCACGGUCUAAAUAAUGACAGCUGUUCACUUUUGACCACAUGGACGUUAGAUGGAUAGUGAUCGUUCUUUCAGAAGUGUCUUGAAUGUGCUGAAGGCUGUUAUUGGUGUUGAUAACCCGUGCUGUGCUAAAGGUCUAGUAUUGCUCACAUAAUCUUUGUCGGUAGAUAAUUUUGGCAGGGUAUGGGGGGUUAUUGUGAUGGGUUUUUUUUGUUUUUUUGUUUUUAUCUUGGCAAAAUCAAACUUGGACAAAGAGAUUCAGUGUAAAGAACCUUGCUGGGAUGACAAGGCUAUACGCAGUGAUGUAUUCAGAGAUGAAAUGUUAAUGUCUAUCAUGUUGGAUUUAUUGUACUCUUUUCCUGAGGUGGAAAGUCAGCUGUUGUAAAGUACGCUAGUUGCCAUCCAUUAGAUUCCUAUAGGGCCAGCCUUGCAGGGUCUUAAAGCAAAAGUCCUGCUGAUAUAAGGCUGCUGUUUGACAGGUAUUACAGACUCUUCUGCAUGCUCUUUAAGGUUCAAACCACAUAUACUAGUUUAGAGUUGCAAACUAUGCAUUGCAAAAGCAAAGAGGGGGACAUUCUGAAUCUGUUAUCCUCCCUCCAAUCCCAGGUCAAUAUAAUGCACAUGUAGCAUUUACUUGACACAAAAAUAAAAUUACUUUUGUAAUCAUAGUUUAAAAAAAGAUAAGAUUUUAAUCUCCUGAUAUUUUUUAUGACCUGAGCAUGCACCCAGAGGAAGGGCUGGCAGAGGGUGGGGGUGGCAUGGUGUUGUGUCAUAGAGUCACAAGCCGUUCUGCCCAUGCAGGUGGUAUAGCAGCAGGGACUGGCAUCUUGUUUAACAUCUCCAGAUGGGCGCAAACAUGUCCUGCUACCCUGCACCCUCUACCCCCCCCCCUCAUACCCAGCGCGUGUCCUUCCUCACUCACUACCCCACACUGAGAGCCAAACAAAGAAAAAUGCACUGUUUGUAUUUUGAAAAUGAGAUGAUGUAGGGGUAGUAAUCACUUCGGUCUUUAGGGAAACACAUAGAUGUGGUAAACUUAAGUGCUUAGGAGUCUCUAGACACUUUGCAGGCCUUUAGGGUCUCAGCGGAGUAUUACCCUCACUAUCCUGAAGUGAUGAAGAAACUUCUGAUGUGACACACGACAUGUUUUUUUUUCCUUUGGGAGAUAAUGAUUCAAUAGCAUAGAGGAAUUGUUUGUAUAAGAUACAGUAUGAAGUCUUUACUUUGCCGUCCAUCCAUCUGUCAGGCCUCUGGCCAGAUAUAACUGCAUGAGAAAAGGCAGCUUGCAGGCUGGGUCAGGGGGAGUGGAGGGGGGUGCGGUGAGGGGUACACAGACUGAGGGGGCACCAUUACAUCAACCAGGGGGGUUGGUAAAAAAAAACUUGGCUCUACCCACUGAAUGUACAGAGGAACCACUGUUGACCUUCCCACUCCUUAAACUUUCUCUAAUGCACUGACCUAGGUAGAGGUCAACAGAGCCAAGCACAGCUGUCCCUGUUGGUGAGGAGAUACCAUUCAAGAGCCCUUUCAAAUAUCCCUCUUCCUUUGAAAUCAAUAGAAAACCUCAGCCUCUCUACCACUCACCUCUUCCCUCCACUCCCUGAUCCUAUGAGGCUCUUCCCCACUGUAAAUAAACACAAGUCCUGUCGAUGGUAUGAGCCAGUUGUUUGUAUAGUAGGGACCACGUACAACAUUUUCAAAAUAAAAGUCCCUCUCCACAAGGCGUGGCUUACUACUGGAAUGUGUUGCAUUUUGUUUUUCAAGAAAAUUAAGAAAACCACAGAUUAAAAAAAGAAGAAUCAAUUAUGAAAAAGAAUCUGAAAUGUUCUUCAACAGUUUGUGUUGCAAUGUAGUAACUAAGCACCAUGGAAGCCAACUAACUCUUCAGUGUAAAUAAAUGAAUUAAAGACAACUUUAGAUAAGUAAACAAAGUGACACACGUAGACUAGUUAACUUGUGAUAUGUGUUGCGCAUAUUUUUGUGUUCAUUUUCUCUCUACUAUGUUUUAUCACCCCAUAAAGAAACAAAACAAAACAAAAAAAUGGAAAUAUUUCUAUCCUUCUGUAACCUCUUAAUGUUCUUUUGCUGUGAUUUUAUCUUGUGCAUUUGUGAAAGAAUGCCUCACAUUCUCUUUCUGUCCAUAUGAACAAAUGAUUAUAAAUAUUAUAUAUGUGUAAGUCCGUCCGCUGCUGAAUUAAUACUACUCUAUCCUGCUGUAUUAUCUUUCUUAUCAAAUGCUUAGUUCCCACGCUAUACCCCUGUGUUACUCUUAUUUUUAUGCUAAUAUUUAUAUUGCUGUUUUAUUUUCUCUUGAACACUGACAUUUCAAAUAAAAAGAUUCUGAAAUCAUCUAAAAAAA